AUGAGCUCGCUCGGGAAGCUCCAACAGCUCGCGCUGGUGAACAAGGUCACCAAGGAGCUCGAAAACCACCUCGGGAUCGCCGAUAAAACCUUGAGCGAGUUCGUGAUCGCGCUCGCCGAUGAGAACGGUACCCCGGGUGCGUUCCGCGACGCCCUGGGCUCGGUCGGCGCGGAGGUAGACGACGCGUUCGCGGAAUCCCUGUUGAGUUUGAUUCAACGCGGGCUGAAGCGAGGCGGCUCGACGACUGGCGGGACAAAGGUCGGUGGGACUUCGACGCGAGAUGGCAGCGAGAACGCGAGCGGUGCGUCGACAAAAGACGCGGUGUGGUCAGGUUUGGCGGUGCGAGACAACGACGAGCGAGCGAGGGCGAUGACGAGGGAGCUGUACGGGGACCGGGACGUCAAGGCGAACGCGGCUGACGACCCGAGACUGUGCGAGCGGGUGAACGAUCGCGAGACGUCGCACUCGCGAGAGGUCGAGAAUAGCACUGGAGAAGAGCGGAUGCGGGAUGGUGAGCCGAGCGUGGGUGAGGUGUGUCGCGGACGGGUGACGAACGUUUUAGAUUUUGGCGCGUUCGUGGAGCUCGUCGAAUUCAAGAGAAAGUUCGAGGGUCUUGUGCACGUGAGCGCGAUCGCCGAUCGGCAUCUUAAGAGCGCCAAAGACGGUGCGAGUCGCGGGGAUAGGGUGUUCGUGAAAGUCUUGAGCCGAAACGGUCAGAAGAUGUCGCUGAGCAUGAAGGAGGUCGAUCAAAUAACGGGGAAGGAGACGACGACCUCUAGAGGAGCGUUCGGGGGGAAUCGAAGCAAUCCCGCGCCGAGGAGUAACUUGCCGCCGCCUGGGCCGUCAGGUGACAUUUCUUUGAAAGGUCUAUCUGGUAUCAAUCCCAGGGCGUUGGAGGACGGAAGCAUGAGCUCGCGAAAGCGGCCAGUGAAGCGACUGAGCUCGCCAGAGUUGUGGGAGGCUCGGCAACUAAUCGCGAGCGGCGUACUCAAGGUGCAGGAUUAUCCACAAUUCGAUCCGGAGAACGAGGGUAUGCUAUCCUACGAAGAAGAGGCUGAGGAAGAAGUCGAGAUCGAGAUGAACGAGGAAGAGGCGCCGUUCUUGCAGGGACAGACCGCGGCGAGCACUGGAGAUGUAUCACCAAUCAAAAUUGUGAAGAAUCCAGACGGUUCUAUGCAGCGCGCCGCGAUGACACAGGCGACGCUGGCGAAGGAACGCCGUGAGUUGCGAGAACAGCAGCGAGCCGAGUUGGAGACCGAUGGACAACUAUCAAAUCGCCCUUGGGAAGAUCCGAUGGGGAGGACAGGAGAUGCGCUCCUGGUGGAUGACUCGCGGCAAUACGGCGGGCGUCCAGGGCGAGAUAUGCCUGCCUGGAAAGCGAAAGCUCUUGGACGAGGCGGUGAACGUAUGGGUAAGCCACAAACAAUGCCGAUUCACGAGCUACGAAAGACACUUCCUAUUUAUCAGUUGCGAGAUCAACUGAUUCAGGCGGUGAAUGAUAAUCAAAUUUUGGUUGUCAUCGGUGAAACGGGGUCGGGUAAGACGACGCAAAUGACGCAGUAUCUAGCGGAAGCCGGUUACACAUCUCGUGGUCGAAUAGGCUGUACGCAGCCGAGGCGCGUCGCCGCGAUGUCAGUGGCGAAACGCGUAGCAGAGGAAGUUGGUUGUAGACUCGGCGAGGAAGUUGGUUACGCCAUUCGUUUUGAAGACUGCACGUCUCAGGACACGGUGAUCAAAUAUAUGACAGACGGCAUGUUGCUUCGUGAGGCGUUGUUAGACGAUUCGUUGUCGCAGUACUGUGUGAUCAUGUUGGACGAGGCGCACGAACGAACAAUUCACACGGAUGUACUUUUUGGACUGUUGAAGAAAUGUUGCGCCAAGAGAAAAGAUUUGAAAAUCAUCGUCACCUCGGCAACGUUGGACGCUGAAAAGUUUUCGACGUACUUCUUUGACUGUCCAAUUUUCACCAUUCCGGGUAGAACGUUCCCGGUAGAGGUAUUGUACACUAAGGCGCCAGAGAGCGACUACCUGGACGCCGCGCUCAUCACCGUUAUGCAGAUUCAUCUCACAGAACCCGAGGGGGACAUUUUACUCUUCUUGACCGGUCAAGAAGAAAUUGAUUCUGCUGCUGAGAUUUUAUUUGAUCGCAUGCGAGCUUUAGGUCCGUCGGUACCAGAGUUGCACGUUCUACCGGUGUACUCUGCGCUCCCAAGUGAGCAGCAGACUCGAAUUUUUGAGCCGGCACCUCCGGGAAGUCGCAAGUGCGUCAUUGCGACGAACAUCGCGGAAGCUUCACUCACCAUCGACGGUAUUUUCUACGUUGUUGAUCCUGGUUUCUCCAAGCAAAAGGUGUAUAACCCGAAAAUUUCCAUGGAUUCCCUCAUCGUGGCGCCGAUUUCUCAAGCAUCGGCACGACAGCGAGCCGGUCGCGCAGGUCGUACCGGUCCGGGUAAGUGCUACAGGUUAUACACAGAAAGUGCGUUCAAAAACGAAAUGCUCCCGACGUCAGUUCCGGAGAUUCAGCGAACGAACUUGGCCAUGACUGUCCUGACGAUGAAAGCCAUGGGGAUCAAUGACUUAAUCAACUUCGAUUUCAUGGACGCGCCGCCGCCGGCAACUCUCGUCACGGCUUUGGAACAACUCUACAAUCUCGGGGCUCUAGACGAGGAAGGUUUACUCACUAGACUCGGUCGAAAGAUGGCGGAGUUCCCGCUUGAGCCUCAGAUGAGUAAGAUGCUCAUCGCGAGCGUCGAUAUCGGAUGCUCGGAUGAGAUCUUAACCAUUGUGGCCAUGCUGAGCGCUCAGAAUAUCUUCCAUCGUCCGAAAGAGAAGCAAGCGCAGGCAGACGCUAGGAAGAAUAAAUUUUUCCAGGCCGAGGGCGAUCACCUCACACUUUUGUCUGUGUACGAGGCCUGGAAGUCUCAGGGGUUCAGCGAACCGUGGUGCUAUGAAAACUUUUUGCAAGCGCGCUCGAUGAAACGCGCGCAAGACGUGCGCAAACAGCUCCUCACCAUCAUGGAUCGCUACAAACUCGGCACGCAGAGCGCCGGACGCAACUACAACAAAGUUCGUAAGGCCAUCUGUUCUGGAUUCUUCUUCCACGCCGCCAAGAAGGACCCACAGGAAGGAUACAAAACCGUCGUGGAACAAACACCCACGUACAUCCAUCCCUCGAGCUCGCUCUUUCAGAGACAGCCGGACUGGGUUAUCUACCACGAGCUCGUCCUCACGACCAAGGAGUACAUGCGUGAAGUGUGCGCGAUCGACCCCAAGUGGCUCAUCGAGCUCGCCCCGCGCUUCUUUAAGCAAAGUGACCCUCGUCACCUGAGCAAGCGCAAAAAGGCGGAAAAAAUUGAACCGCUCUAUGAUAGAUGGAACGACCCAAACGCGUGGAGACUGUCGAAAAGAAGGGGCUGA